AUGGCUAGUACAGCGAGGAUCGAUCCUGCUUUGUUGAGCCCCAAUGACACGUUUGUGUUCGAGUUCGAUUAUGACGCGCCACCAAUGCGUCCCGAGCAGCGUGAGGUGUGCAUUCAGUGGCUUCGGUCUAUCCACUUUCUCGAACCUGGCGGCCGCAACGAGAUUAAUUGGCGAGUCAUUAAAGAGAAGUGGAUUCAGUUCUCACAAGAACGAUCCAAGAGUGUACACCUCCGACGCUGGCAAGAAAUGUUCUGGCCCUGGAUAGACGGCCUUGAAGGACUUUCCGAACGAUGGCCUGCGGCGGCGCGGACCCUCUUGAACCAAUGUGCGGAUGGCCCAGAUGCCAAGGCCUUUGAAUCUUUCGGUGCCCGAUGGCACGUGGAACCAAGACGGCGUCUGCAUACGGUAUGGUCAGGUCUAUUCAUGUUUUUGCUAUACAAUCAUCCCUGGGGUGGAACAAGAGAGCUUUUCGACAUGGGCUUAUAUGCCCCCAUAGAUGAGGACUGUGAAGUUUCAAGCCAGGAUUCAUUGAUCCUACCAGGAGAUGACUCGAAGUUGUCCUGGGAGUUAGGCGACCUAUGGAUGUCUCUCAUAUCGCGGUAUCCCCGUGCCCAUGUAAUGGCGGACACGCAUUCCCUCGUCAUCGAUGCUCUAAAGGGCGUUAGGGAAACGAAAGCGGACAACAAUGCGCUGCUCUGGUGGACGGCCAUCUUGGUACGGUCCGCAGUGUCGGUGUCCGACGGGAACGGCGACGACUGGAUCAGCCACGGGAAGUGUCCGUUCGGGAAUCUGUUGGCGCCAGACCUGGACUUGCUCAAACGAGUGGAAGCGAUACGACACUAUUGCAAAGUGAUGGUGCUGGACCACGCCAUGUAUACAUGGGCCCCCAGAAAUGUAAUACACGGGCUUUGCAAGGUUGAGACGCAGCUGAAUAGCCAAGACACGAGCUGGAUGAACGGGAUCGACGGGAUCCGCCCUGACGAGCAGCAAGACCAGAUCAACACGGAUUCGGCGGCAUGGGAAGAUGUGCUAUCGCACUUGAACCAAGUAGGGGGAAGGCUACUUGGAGGCAAGAAAGGUACAGCAAUGUAUGAGAUCAAUCGUCUAUACCGAGGGUUACGAGACUGUGUCAGGGAAGACACGGAAAAGACGGCAGGAGAAGGCGCACAGGGCCAUGUCUUGGAUAAAGUCAAAGAAGAGCACAAGGAGGAAUCAAAUCAAAGGAAAGAGUCAAAAUAG